AUGGCACUGGCAUUUUUGCUUGCAUUUCGAACAAACCGAGCCUUUGACCGAUACUGGCAAGGAGCACAACUAUGGACCACCUUGUCCAUUCAAUCACGCAACCUUUCACGACUCAUUUGGAAUGGUGUUCAAACUACCAGUCACGAGCAUCUAGUAGAGAAGCACCAGAUGAUGCGUAUGGUAUUGGCUGUUGCUGUUGCGACAAAGUGUGCUUUACGGAGUGGGUCGCAAACUGCUCAUGGCUCGUCAAAACAGUCAAGUCGAGUUUCUAAAUCUGAAUCGUUUACCACGGUUCAACAUGAUGGCGAAAAUGUUCAAGAAUUACUAGACUCAUCUUGUAAAAAGACUCAAAAAAGGAUCCAUGAAUUUGCUGUGGAUAACGAGGUGUUGGAUUUGUUGCCACCUGGGUAUUUUAAAGUUCAUACCUGGAGACAGAGCAUGGUAGAUCUAUCUAGCGAUGUACCAUUUUGCAAAAAGGAGACUCAAUUGAACAUGCCUGUUCAUCUGGCCAAAAGUCGUGUUAUAGAUCAUUCAACAAGGGAGCAAAUCGCAACUUUGAAUGCCCAGGAAAAGUCAAUCCAAACACCAAAACAAACGGCUGUCGCAAUGCAUACUCACGAUGAACUAUCAGCAAAACGAGUUGCAACGUGGAGACUAGGGCUAGAUGCUCAUGAGGUUCUAGUCGAGUCUCAUAUCGCUCCAUUGGAAUCGCGUCAUGACAACCCGUUUUUAAAUAAUUGCUGGUCAGCCGAUUCAAAUGAGCAAUCUGACCCAGUUAAUAAAACACCAAAGCUUCGCAACCGUAAACAGGAUCAGCCCAAACCACCAUCUAGUUCUAGUUCUCGAAUGACUAGAUCUAUGACUAAGCUAGCACAGACUAGUGACGAUACUGUAUUACAAAAAAGUAAAUAUUCACCAUUAACAUCAACUCGUAUCCAGCACUAUAAAUCUCCCAAAGCAAACCUGAUUGUCUCAAUAUCUCCCCAUGCUACCAAAAAUCCAAAGGAAAUUCAAACUUUGCAGUACUCGCAUUCGACACACUUGGUAGAUGCACAUCUAUCAACAUCAGGUGUAUCAUCCGCGUUUUCAUGGACUGAUGGGCAAUUUUCAGAUAAACCUCGAGGCUCUACAUCUCUACUUGCAACACCAAAUGAAAAAAAGGGAUUUACCACAAGCUCGCCACAGUUUCCCAUGCAGCGAUUUCCAAUGUAUAGUCAAGACGGAUCAUUAGUGAUUAAUACGCCAUUGGAUAUUAUUUAUCGCAUUGCAUUUUAUUUGCGACGGCGGCGUCGUGCACAUUUAGUUGACCUUGACGAUGUCCCUUCUAUGACACAAGCGAUUACUACCAUGAUUGACUCGGUAACAAAAUUUGAGCAGAUUUUAAACGUGCCAAUGCCCAAAUCCUAUGAUGUUCAUAUGAAGCAGAUUUUGAUUCUCUAUUUUUUAGCCCUGCCAUUCCAGCUUGUCAAGUCGCUUGGCUGGGCUGUUGUAUUUGUAACCUUGGUUGUUUCGUUUGCAUACUUUGGAGCAGAUGCCAUUGCAGCAGAGAUUGAUGGUCCAUUUGGCACGGAUGAGAACGAUCUUCCGUUGGAUUAUUUUUGCCAGAAGCUUAAAGGGGAUAUUGAAUAUAUUAUGGAAGCCCCAUUAUUUGACGAGAGUUUAAGUUCUGAAUAA